AUGGCCACUGUCAUUGCCACUGUGAUGCCGGCAAGCUUUGGAGGAAAUGGGGUGUUCUCUGGGCUACCUCUAACCAUACACCUGCCUGCUCCCCAGCAUCUCCUGCUUCUAGCCUGGUUGCCUACUGGGAUCACCCACCAAGAUCUCUCAUUCCGGGGGAGACCCCGAAGCCAUGGGACCCUGAGGUGCUACUCUGCUGAGGAACUGUCUCACGGCCAGGCUCCCCCACACCUGCUAACUCGAAGUGCCAGGUGGGAGCAGGCCCUCCCUGUGGCCCUGGUGUCCACUUUGGAGGCCACGGGCCAUAGGAGACAGUAUGAAAGACCUCCAGCUGGAACACAGUGCCCUGUGCUGCGACCAGAGGAUGUACUGGAAGCUGACACCCACCAGCGCUCCAUCUCACCAUGGAGAUAUCGCAUCGACACCGACAAGAACCGCUACCCACAGAAGUUGGCGGUGGCGGAAUGCUUGUGUCGUGGCUGCAUCAACGCCAAGACCGGCCGUGAGACAGCCGCCCUGAACUCUGUGCAGCUGCUACAGAGCCUGCUGGUGCUGCGGCGACAGCCCUGCUCCCAGGACGGGACAGCGGACCCUACCCCGGGAUCCUUCACCUUCCACACUGAGUUCAUCCGAGUGCCUGUUGGUUGCACCUGUGUUCUUCCCAGGUCUGCAUAGCGAGGACUUCUGCCACGGCCCCACCGCGGUACGCCGGGCUCCUUCCAGGCCCGACAGUCCGGGCAUCCCCUCAGAGGACGCCUGCUAUUUAUAUGUAUUUAUUGCUUAUUUAUUGACUCAAAAGUGCAGCCGAGGCUACACCCAGCCC